AUGGAUAGAUCGUCAGGGUUUAUCCGCACAUUUGAUGCUUUCCGAUAUAUCGAUGGUGCCAUAGAUCACCAGUUCACUGUUGACGAAUUGGUACGCAAAGAUCUGGUGAUAAAUUUAGACCUUGUUGUCGCCAUGCCGUGCAAUUACAUACACACAAACGUCAGAGACUCGACCGACGACAGAUUCUUAGCAGCAGAGCUGUUGAACUACCAAGGGACGACUUUCAACAUUCCGCGAUGGUACGAGCAAUCUGCCAAGAAAAUUGUCACUCCUGAACUGGAAGCAGUUUUGGAAAGAUCGCUUCAAGCCAGGUUCCAGUACCAGGGCGAACACCACGACGAAGGAGCACCUGCUUGUCGUAUAUUUGGCGCAAUUCCAGUGAAUAGAGUCAAGGGCGAGCUUCACAUUACCGCAAAAGGGUACGGGUAUAGAGACAGAACGCGUAUCCCUGCUGAGGCUCUGAAUUUCACUCACGCUAUUUCAGAGUUUUCAUUUGGUGAAUUCUUCCCUUAUUUGGACAAUCCGCUGGAUAUGACCCUCAAGAAGACGGACACCCAUUUACACACUUUCAAAUACCACUUGAACGUCGUGCCGACCCUUUAUCGUAAACUGGGGGUGGAGAUCGACACCAACCAGUACUCACUCUCGCUCACAGAGUCUUCUGGCAAAUACGUUCCUGGGAUAUUUUUCCAGUACGACUUCGAGCCAAUAAAGCUCGUUGUUGAGGAGACCAGAUUAUCAUUCUGGCAAUUCGUGGUACGUUUGGCAACGAUAAUGGGUGGGAUUCUUGUGGUUGCCGGGUGGUUAUACAAACUGUUCGACAAGCUGAUUUUGCUCACAUUUGGCAAGGAGUUUGCCAAGAGGGGCCAGGAGAAGAAGGAAGGCGGUUUGCUCGACAACGUCGAGGACUUCGAGAAAAUAUAG